AUGGCUCUACUUCCCUACUAUGCUUUUGGUGGUUUUAACGACUCAGUCUCCUUAACUCCUUUCAAUGUGACGGUAACCGAGGAUCCUCUGCGCGUUCACUCGAACAGCAACGAGACCAUCACGGCUGAAGCGAGGAGCACCACAAGCCUCAUCAUCGCCAUCUGUAUCACGGCUCUCUACUCUCUCAUCUGUGUGGUAGGACUGCUGGGAAACGUGCUUGUGAUGUACGGGGUGGUCAGGUACACCAAGAUGAAGACGGCCACCAACAUCUACAUCUUUAACUUGGCUCUUGCAGAUGCCCUCGCCACCAGCACCCUCCCCUUCCAGAGUGCCAAGUACUUGAUGGGCACGUGGCCCUUUGGGGAGGUGUUGUGUAAAGUGGUGAUCGCCAUCGACUACUACAACAUGUUCACCAGCAUCUUCACGCUCACCAUGAUGAGCGUGGACCGCUACAUCGCCGUCUGUCAUCCAGUGAGGGCCCUGGACUUUCGCACGCCUGCCAAAGCCAAGCUCAUCAACGUCUGCAUCUGGAUCCUCUCCUCUGUUGUCGGAGUGCCUGUGAUGGUCAUGGCUGUUACUAGACAGAAACUUAAAGCAAACACUGCCUGCGAACUCCAAUUCCCCAAUCCUGACUGGUACUGGGAGACAGUGAUGAAGAUCGGCGUGUUUAUCUUCGCCUUCGUGGUCCCCGUCCUGGUCAUCACCAUCUGCUACGGUUUGAUGAUCCUGCGGCUCAAGAGCGUCCGUCUGCUCUCCGGCUCCAAGGAGAAGGACAGGAACAUGCGAAGGAUCACCCGCAUGGUCCUGGUGGUGGUGGCAGCCUUCAUCAUCUGCUGGACUCCCAUCCACCUCUUCAUCAUUGUCAAAACCAUGGUGAAAACUGACAACAGAAACGUGUGGGUGGUGGCCUGCUGGCACCUGUGCAUCGCACUGGGCUACACCAACAGCAGUCUCAACCCCGUACUUUACGCCUUCUUGGACGAGAAUUUCAAAAGGUGCUUCAGGGAUUUCUGCCUGCCCUAUCGCUCCCGACUGGAGCAGAGCAGUUUUUCCAGGGCGCGCAACAGCACCAGGGAGCCCUUGUCUGUUUGUGCUCCUGCGACAACACAGAGACCGCCAGCCUGACUAGGCAUGGAUCAAUGCGGGGGAAGAUCAGUUCAGGAUGACCUCCAGACUGAGAUCACCACAACAGGAGUCUGAGACCACAGACGUGGCCGUUGGAGCGCCAUAAUGUAAAUAUGGCGGUUUUGGUCUCAUAUCAUGACAUUCCUGAGACACGAUUCUUGAAGGAUUGUGGUUUACAAUGAUCAAAUGCAUACCUGUGUGCCUAUGCAUAAGAAAAUGGAUACAAAAUGUAUAACCCUGAUUUGGCUCUGCACUCUGCUUUUAGGCCGUUUGCAAGUCUUCACACCCAUAUUAGGUGAACAACGUAGGACACAUUUCCAAAAUGAUCGGAUAAUCAGGAAGGGAUAGAACCUAAACACACAGACAAGGCCACAGGAGGAGUCUUUUUAUGGCCAAACCAUGGCCGGUGUAUGAUUGGCUGAGUUGGUCAUGUGACCUCAAUCCAACAGAUCAUUUAUUUCUUUGAUGAAGGCCAGACUGACUCUGAAUUUCCCCGUAACAUUAGCAGUGCAAUGCUGGCAGACAGUCAACAGGGAAUAUAUUGCUGUCUGCUGUCACACUCAGUUAAAUACUACCAGUGAUGAAGAUGUAUGUUAACUUGUAAAAUUACUUUCCAUCCCUAAAUGUGGGGUACCAUCUAUAAGGGAUUAUAAGUUGUUUAGUGAUGCCUUCAAAUUAAACUAAAUAUUACCUUUUUUUGUCCACAGCUGUUACUAGGGAGAAACUUAAAGGUGAGUUUUUGUACUGAUUAAGUAGAACAUUUCCACAUUUUGGUAAACAUUUUUGGCCAAAGCUGGGCUGAGGAAACAGCUGUAAACUUUGACAAACGCCUAUUUACACAUCCAGCAGUAACAGAGCAACAUUAUGAUUCACUUAAAGUUCUGUUUCCCACUACUUGACAAAUGUAAGUGGAAGUUUGACUCUUUUUUAGCUGCCAACUGCUUUCAGCAGCUCACUGUGUCUGCUGUUUAGCGUUGUGUUCAGU